AUGACCCUGGUUCCGAAGGCGAAAAGGAAGAAAUUCGAUCCCAAAUCCGAAAAGCGUAUUUUCGUUGGUUAUUGUGAAGACACAAAAGGCUACCGUGUGAAUGAUUCUGAGAAGGGGUCUUUCCGCAUCAGCCGAGACGUCGAAGUUCUGGAGGAAGGUGUCGUUAUUUGUGAGGUGAAACAACCAGUGAAGCCGGUGGAGUUUAUGGAGCUUUGUUGGGACGAAUUCCGUGACCAUCCUGCGUGUGGUACAGUCGAGUCUGUGAAUGGUGCUGGAGUUAUCUGUGGUAAUCGUGAUGAUAUCGAGCCAGCGGAAGAAGCGAUUGGUGUCGAUAGUUUGUUCAGCGAAGCGGAUGACUCCGAGGAUGCCGUUGCUGAUCAUGCGCUCCCACCGCAACUAAAUAGACCAGCUGAUGAAAUGCAACAGGAGUUGAGGCGCAGCGGUCGGGAGUGCCGUUGUCCAGACAAGUACAGUGAUUUUGUUAGUUACAGUACAUUUCCUGGCGGUGUUCAUUCUCCUCAGUAA